AUGAGUGAGCUCAAACUUCUGCAAUGCCGGAGGAAAAUUUGUGAUGGGAACUAUAAAGUUGUUGUUCGGGUGCUUUCUUCAUCCGGCGUUGCCCCUCUUGUGGCAUUGCAAUACAAGCAUCCCGUCGCCUCAUCUCCCUCUCUACCGACUUUACCCGUGGAUCAUCUUGUUUCCUCUUCACUGUUGUUUUUGGAUAUGAUUAGGAGCUUCUCUCGUGGUACGUCUUGCGAGAGGGAUGGUUUUCGGGCUCAACACCUUAUGGAUUAUUUGGGUGGUUCUGCUGUUGCUAUCUCGGAUGAGUUGAUCGCCUCUAUUACUAGGGUUGUUAAUAUUUUCCUUGAGGGUCGAUGUCCUCAUCCCCUUGGUGUGUACAUUUCUAGUGCUAUGCUCACACCGCUUGUUAAACAAGGGAGAGGUAUCCGUCCUAUAUCUGUUGGUACUGUUUAG